AUGGCAGCUCAGGCUACGGAGAAAUUGGACCAGCUGGACCUGAACGGCCAGAACCCCGCUGAGGCUGCUCCCGCCCUCGACGUGGAGGACGACUCUGACGACGAGCAGGAGGGCGACGGUGCUCCAGAGGUUGGAGCCGCUGGAGCCGCCAAAAAGAAGAAGAAGCGCAAGUCCAAGAAGAAGAAGAAGGGUGGCGCGAAGGUUCAGACCGAGCCCCCGCGCGUCCCUGUGUCCAAUCUCUUCCCCAAUGGCCAGUACCCCGAGGGCGAGAUUGUCGAGUACCUAAACGACAAUGCCUACCGCACAACAAACGAAGAGAAGCGAUACCUCGACCGCAUGAACAAUGACUUCCUGCAAGAGUACCGCCAGGGUGCGGAGGUCCACCGCCAGGUGCGCCAGUAUGCACAGAAGAACAUUAAGCCUGGACAGACUUUGACCGAAAUUGCGGAGGGUAUUGAGGAUUCUGUGCGUGCUCUGACAGGCCACUCGGGCUUGGAGGAGGGCGACAACCUGAAGGGUGGCAUGGGUUUCCCUUGCGGUCUGAGCAUCAACCACUGCGCUGCUCAUUAUACUCCGAACGCCGGAAAUAAGAUGGUCCUGAACCAAGGAGAUGUCAUGAAGGUCGACUUUGGUGCACAGCUCAACGGCCGCAUUGUGGACAGUGCCUUUACCAUGUCCUUCGAUCCUGUAUACGAUCCUCUUCUGGCAGCCGUCAAGGAUGCCACCAACACUGGUAUUCGGGAAGCUGGGAUUGAUGUCCGCAUGAGUGAUAUCGGUGCCGCCAUUCAAGAAGCCAUGGAGAGCUACGAAGUUGAGCUCAACGGCACUAUGCACCCGGUCAAGUGUAUUCGCAACCUGAACGGUCACAACAUUGAUCAGCACGUCAUUCAUGGCGGCAAGAGUGUACCUAUCGUCAAGAGCAGCACCGAUCAGACCAAGAUGGAAGAAGGCGAGGUCUUUGCUAUCGAGACUUUCGGUAGUACUGGAAAAGGCUACGUGCGGGAGGAAAUGGAAACCUCGCACUACGCUCUUGCUUCUGACGCCCCCAAUGUCCCCUUGCGUCUUUCAUCCGCCAAGAACCUGUUGAACGUCAUCAAUAAGAACUUUGGAAGCCUCCCCUUCUGCCGUCGUUACCUUGAUCGACUGGGCCAGGAGAAGUACCUUCUGGGUUUGAACAACUUGGUCUCUUCUGGUAUUGUCCAAGACUACCCUCCUCUCUGCGAUAUCAAGGGCUCAUACACUGCCCAAUAUGAACAUACAAUUGUGCUGCGCCCGAACGUUAAGGAGGUUAUUAGUCGCGGCGACGACUACUGA